CAUAUGCAUGACCCAAACAUAAACCUUUUCAUUCAAGUGUUCUUAUUAUAAAGUCCAGAGACAAAGUUCGUCGAUCGUUUCUUUUUAUAUUUUCUUUUUGGGAGUUACGCUGCCCAUAUUGCCACUUCAGAUUCAAAGUGGAAACCCGUGACCGAAAGAAAAAAGAAAAUAAAUAAAGCGACGAGUUUCCCGUGACGUCAGUGAUAGCGUGUCCAAUCGUGUACCCGGUCAUGUAUUGAUUCCAGAGGGAAAAUGGCAGAGGUGUAAAACAUAUGGAGUAACAGACAGUGCACUGUGCAAUAUGAAAAGCACUUUCCAGUGCUUUGUCAUUUCACUGAUAUGUAGUGGAAGUGUUUUUUGUGAAUUGGAAUUGUAUCCCGAUUUCCAGAGAACUGAAAAUUCUGCGAAGCAAUGGACCGAUGAAAAAAAUCUGGAGAACGAGAAACAGGACCCAUAUGAAAAUAGCGCUAGAACGUUAAUGUACCCAUCUGAAUAUGUACUUUCUCAACCCAUAUCAUUGCCUAAUAUUCCAGCAAGGCCAACUAAUCCCUUUCACCUGAAAAAUGUCAAUUAUAGUCCACGCCUUCUUGAAAUAGCAGAACAACUUAAAGAAAUUCACAGGAAACCAAAAUUUGAGCAUAUUAACGCUAACAAGAUUAUUAACAAUUUAUUGUACAAAUCCAUGGGAAGAUACGGAUUUUCGCCAUUCUUCAAACCAAAUUUGAGAAUUUUGGAUGAUGUACGUCAAAGCAGUGAUAGUAUAGAUAACACAGCAUCUGAAUUUAAAGAGAGUUUUCCUGACGACACAGUCGAGGUCGAGUACGAAAACAGCGGCAGAGAGGACGAAGAACCACCCCCACGCGAGAGAGAUACGUCUUGGAGAAACGACGAUACGUCUGAGUUUGCUUACUCGCCCUCUGAUCCUCGUUAUUAUCAAAAUGAUAAAAACAGUGCAGAAAGUAAAGUACUAAAAGAGACAAACAAAUUCGCACAAGAAUAUGGUGCAGUUUCUCUUAGCCCUCGAAAUGAAGCUACCCAAGAGAUAUCGUCGAAGACAAUGCCGGAAUACCAGAAAGUUCUUGUGGGAAGCGAAGUCAAAAUGGUACCGAUAGAUCCCCAACGUCUCAACAACCCGACGGGAAUGUAUUUGAUCGCCGUGGUUGCUGGGAUUAGUGCGGCAGCUACGGUUGGACUUAUUGCUUUUGCAAUAGGAUGGUACAAUUUUCAGAAGCAUGUGAAAAAUGCUUCAGACGUAGAUUACCCAGCUUAUGGGGUAACUGGACCAAAUAAAGAAAUCUCACCAUCAAGUGGUGAUAGGAGACUCGCUCAAUCCGCUCAGAUGUAUCAUUAUCAACACCAAAAGCAGCAGAUUAUUGCAAUGGAAAGAGCUGCUGCCACUGAACGACAUGGUUCAAUAUCUGAGGCGGAUAGCGAUGAAGAAAAUGAGGAGGGUGAUUACACAGUAUACGAAUGUCCGGGUCUAGCUCCAACUGGUGAAAUGGAAGUUAAAAAUCCUCUAUUCCAAGAUGAUCCCACCCCUGCUCAAACACCAGCAGUGAAGAAAGAGGAUGAAAAAAAGUGAAAUUUGAACAAGCUGUAGCUAAUAUACAAAUCCUGAACUACUGCUACUACUGUUAGGAUACAAACUGCAAGAUAUUUAUGUUUGCGUUAAUUCUAUAGUAUCAAUUUUAUUAUGAUAAAUUAAAAGCAUGUACCUACACAAAAAAAACCAUCCUAGUAAAUGAA